CACCUGUUUCCUGAUGGGACCUCUAAAGCAGCUGAAGAGAAUGUUUGAACCCACCAGACUGAUAGCCACCUGUGUUGUGCUGCUCUGCCUCGUUUUGACUCUUUGUGCUGUUUUCUGGUGGCAAAAGAAGGGACUGGCCAUCAUCUUCUGCAUUCUACAGUUCUUAGCAAUGACAUGGUACAGCAUCUCUUACAUUCCAUUUGCCAGAGAUGCAGUGAUAAAGGUUUUCACCAGCUGUCUGAGUUAGAGAACGGACACUGGUCUCCCAGACCUGGGUUCCACUACUAUGAAAUCACAAGACUGGUCCCAAAUAUGCKAAGACAACGGAUAGAUAUUUUGUAUUUMUAUUUUUAUUUUCAUUGCUGUUUUGAUACUGUGAAUGAUUAUUCAUAUUUCCAAUAGUUGUUUUAUCAUGUUUGCAGUUAUCUGAAACUAAUGUUUAUUCAUAUUAUGGUUAUCAGGGUUGGGGUCAAUUCCAUUUCAAUUCAGUUAAUUCAGGAAGUAGACUGAAAUUCGGGAAUUGGAAUUUGUUUACUUCUUGAAUUGACCCUGAUUGAUGCUUAUUUAACCUUUUUUGUUUGUUUGUGACUCUCAGAUUGGGUCUGUUGUUUUAAGUGUGUUUAUGCUUCUGGUGAGAGAGAGGUGAAUGCUUGAAAUUCAAAUAUUUAAUCAUUUUCCUAAUAUAUAUCAUCCAAAAAGACAGGAUUGGGGUCAAGUGGAAUUGAAUGCAGUCACUUCAGGAAGUGAUUUUGAAUUUAAAGAGAAAACAUUCUAACUCUCAAAAUAAAUAGCUUUUACUUUUCAGUUUAUUGAGAAGUCAUUAAAAUAUGCUCUUUUUUUUCAAUUAUUGAAUUGGAAGUUAAGUUUACUUCCUUAAUUGACUGCCUUCAAUUCGAAUUGACCUCUGCCCUGCAAGUAGACCUAUUUUAUAUCUUGUUUUGUUCAGAGCAGGGAAAGACCUAUAGACAUUUACAACAUGAUGCUUGUAAAACUGAAAAUACAACUCAAUGCCUUACCUUUUUCUACUUUGUAUUUUGUCUCAUGACAAUACGAUUUGCUGAUGUUUUAACAAAAGUUUUCCGUCUUCAGAAGAAUGCAAUAUGACUGUCUUAUUUUUGAUGAAUAAAAUCAACAAAUGUUUUCAUUUUGAAA